UUGUUUUUAGAUAGCUUUACAAUUGAUACAGCUAUGGGAUUUGGUAUUGGUCUUCAGGUGACAAAUAGAUCGACGCAUCAGGUGAUGACGCGCAUAUUUUAUAUGUUUCUGACGGAGGUUCUCAAUUAUAAAGAUGUUCAAAUCAUUCCCAUACAUUACACAAAUGCAUCGGAUCCUCAUAAUCCGUUGUACACAUUGGAUUAUGUAAGGAGCUACAAACGGUUACAUAAUAUAGCUAUGAUCAAUUUGGAGGUGUGGAUGCCCUACAGUGUAUAUAAGAAUUCGCACGACAACAUCUUCAGUGCCGGAGCGUCUAUAACUCCGGGUCGAUUUAGUUGGUUUGUGCCCAAAUCACAAAUUUCGACUGACACAAAGAACUGCAGCUUGCAUUACGAGGUCUUCAGAGAUAUAAAUAAUGAACAUUAUUCUCUUUACACAUUGGAUGAAAAAAUUACUCAGUUACUGAGAAAUAGAAGUGUUGAGGAAUAUAUAAAUCCGAACUGUGCCAUUAUCAAAUGCGCUACGCUUUUGGCAGAAUGGCGCAAUGAUUCAUAUUUUAUUGAAUAUCAUUUGACGGAGAGCUUUCUAAAUGUUAUUUGGCUGGGAUUCGAAUUCAAAGAUACGAUUACGAAGUUGGCCAAAAUAUAUGAGACAGAUUACCCACAGGGACAAAAAAGAUUUAUAGUCUUACAUUGGGUACCGUCGGAAAUAAUUGACGCCGAAAUAAAAUUCACCCAAAUAACAUUGCCCAGAUGCGAAGACUUUAAAUACUUGCAAAGCUCCAAUUGCCGAUACGAACUAACUCCGAUUCUCAAAUACUACGCACGAAGCUUGUCUUCGGAUAGACAAUUGAUGCAUGCGCUUCGGGCAUUCUACAUAUCAGACAAGGACCUCGAGAACAUUCAAAAGGACUUGAGUAUUCAGAGAAUGAAUUCAAUGGAUACUGAAGUAAUUUAUGAUAAUGUUGCCUGCAAUUGGCUGCGACAGAAUAAUAAGACAUACGGCAACUGGAUACUGCCCAAAAAGGUGACAACCUUAUCGAUUGGUGGCAUAUUCCCAAUCAAUAUCACGGAUCGCGGACAUUUGAAUAUAAUUGGGGCAUCGCAAAAAGCAGUCGAUGCAAUCAACAGAAAUACAACAAUAUUGCCAGACUUUCAUCUGGAAAUAAUGAUUAACGACGGACAGUGCAAGUCGGAUAUGGUGAUGAAGGCAUUUAUACAUUAUUACAAUGUACCCAAUAUGCUGGGCGUAUUGGGACCUGCCUGCAGCGAAACUGUGGAGCCCAUAGCUGGAAUUUCGAAACAUUUGAAUAUGAUGGUGAUGUCGUAUUCGGCGGAAGGCGCUUCGUUUGUCGAUCGAAAUGCGUAUCCGUACUUCUUUCGCACCAUUGGGUCCAAUAGCGAAUAUGUUGAUGCGUAUAUAGAAAUAAUGCAACAACUCGGCUGGAUUCGGGUCUCGACUCUGACCGAAGACAGCCAACAAUACACGGAGUAUAUGUCGCGCCUGGAGAGCAAGCUAAGACUUCAUAAUUUCACGCUGGCUUUUAGUCGGAAGGUUCAAAGCGAUAUCACAGCUGCCGAUAUGAGAGAGCACUUGGGUAAAUUAAAAGAAGCUCACUCGAGGAUCAUUAUAGCCGAGCUUCAAAGCGGCAAUGCUGCUGUUGCCGUGUGCGAGGCUAUUAAAUUGGGUAUGACCCAGGUGGAAAAUUAUGUCUGGUUUUUGCCUUCAUGGCUUUCGAAGGACUUUCAAAUGUGGAGCAAUAAAGUGAGCAAUCGAUGCACGGCCGAGCAGCUGCGAAAUGCGAUCGAAGGCCACUUUAGUAUGAGGCACACGCCUUUCGGCGCGCCAAAUGCAAAAAUGCAGGAGGGAAUUUCUAUAAGCUCUUGGCUGAGCUCUUAUAGGAGCGAGUAUCCAAAGUUUUCGAAUUAUGUUGGAUUCGUUUACGAUGCGAUAUGGGCCUAUGCUAUUGCAGCACAUAAAUUAUUGCAGACAGAUUCGUAUGCAAUUAACAAACUAAGAUCUAAGGAAUUUGCUAGCCAGUUCGCCAAACGCAUUUGGGAGACCAAUUUUGAUGGUUUGUCCGGCAACGUGAGAUUCGGAGAAGGCGAAUUCGGUGGCUCACGUAUAAUUGAUCUGGAUAUUUUACAAUGGAAAAAUCGAACUUACGUGAAAGUUGCCAAUUUCAAGCCUAAAGUUGAGGGCAGAGGAGCAAACGUGCAUAUAAGCGGAGGAAAUUUAACACGUUUGCCAAGUGGAGUGUUUCCGGGUGAGGUGCCAGAAGAUGGCAGAUACGAUUGUCGAUUUUCGGGCUUAGCCCGUUUUUUGCAUGUGAAUUGUGAGGUGUCCUCGAUGAUAUUCAGCAUUUCCAUGUGCCUGCUGGUAAUUGUGCUGAUGUCCCUAGUUUCGUUUUACUUUUGGAAACAGCGAUAUGACCGCAAAGUGCGGCGAUCAGCGCAGAUAAUGAAAAUGUUCGGCAUCGACUUAAUUUCUCCAUCGCGUAAUAAAAUCAAUACCUUGGACAAAUGGGAGGUGCCAAAGGAGAACGUUGUGGUCAAUCGGCGAUUGGGCGAGGGCGCAUUCGGCACGGUCUACGGCGGGGAAGCCCGGCUGGGCUCGGACGACUGGACAGCUGUGGCCGUAAAGACGCUCAAGGCUGGGGGCGCCACCGAGGACCGAUUGGAUUUCUUGGCCGAGGCAGAAGCUAUGAAGAAAUUGAAUCACAAAAAUAUUAUAAAACUUUUGGGCGUCUGUUUGCAAAGCGAGCCAAUUUAUACGAUAAUGGAGUUCAUGCUAUAUGGCGAUUUGAGAACCUACCUUUUGGCCAGAAGAAACAUGGUUAAUGAAAAAAUAACCGAUGAAUCUGACAUCUCAUCAAAACGGCUGACCAUGUACGCCAUGGACGUAGCCCGGGGCUUGGCAUAUCUUGCCGAGCAAAAAUAUGUGCAUCGUGAUAUUGCGUGCAGAAAUUGUUUGGUUAAUUCUCAGCGAAUCGUUAAAAUAGGCGACUUUGGCAUGGCCAGACCGACUUUUGAAAGCGAUUAUUAUUGCUAUAACCGAAAAGGUGUCCGAAAACUGUUCCCAGUGCGCUGGAUGCCGCCGGAAACGCUGUCAUUGGGUAUAUUUACGCAUGCUUCGGAUAUUUGGUCAUUUGGGGUUGUACUUUUCGAAGUCAUUUCAUUUGGAUCGUAUCCCUAUCAGGACUUGACAAACAAUCAGGUUCUUGACUUUGUAAAGGCUGGCAAUACUCUGCAAAUUCCGAGCGGUGUCAAGCCACAGUUGGAGGGUCUUCUAAAGGCUUGUUGGAGCCAGGAUGCCAGUAAGCGUCCCACAGCCUUGGAGAUCAUUGAUUAUAUAUCUACCUAUCCGCGACUGCUGACUCCGUCCCAUGACUUUCCCGGGACGGCGGUUCACUUGCCAGAGUCCGAUUGCGACGAAGUGGAACUUUUACCGACUUGCCGUAAGAUUUCACCACCAAAUCACGAAUCCAAAUUGGACAUUUUUGCUCCACAAAAGAAAGGUUCUGGCAAUACGCUAGAAUUUAAUGCAAUUAGCGAUGAUAAAUUAUCAGAUUUCGUAGAAAAUGGCGAAUCUGGUGCGGUAAGUGUGCCUCUCAGUAGUAAUGGUUCCUUUUCCCCUACCACGCCAGAUGGAUAUAGCAUAAUGUCUCCGCUCUUAAUGCAUCAAGUCGAUGCAGGUUCCAAAACUACAAAAACAUAGAUUAUAUGUUGAUAAUUGACAAAACUUCGGAAUUUUUAAGUCGCAAAAGUUGUUAUUUUUAAAUUAUAAGAAUAAGAACAUGUAAACAUAUAUAUGACUGACUCUGUCAGGAUUUGGGACAAAUAUUAUACUUCUCUUAAGCUUGAAAUCAAAACUCAACAAAAAACAUUUGGAUUUGUUGGUGUUCUUUUGAAGAAUUGUUAUACAAGCUAUUACCCUAUCUUUUUUUUUAAAAAACUCGCCUGGGAUUCUAAUCAGAAUCACAUUGUUUACUUGCUGAAAAAAAAUCUUCAAGAUUUCUUAGAAAUACAACGUAAAAAGGUUGCUAAAGACAGAACAUUUUGCUGCAUAGCAUAGUUAAUUUAAGCAUACAAACAUUUUUCAGAAAUGCCUGUAUAUACAUUUAUGUAAGUACUGAAAGUUAAGUCUACCAUUUAUAUAUUAAUUAUUUAUAUCAUAAAUA